AAGCUGUUAAAAAUAUGAAUAUUCGUGGAAUAUUUCUGCAACGUGAAUACAAACGUUAUUACCCAGAAGGCGAAAAACUAGCACAUGUCAUUGGGUUUACGAAUCGAGAAAAUCGCCCAAUGGAAGGUGUUGAAUUGAUUCAUAACCGCGAUAUGACAGGUACGAGUGGACAAGAAAAAAUUAUUCGAGAUAAACUUGGGAACCCUGUGCGAGCAGACCAGUUAGUCGCGCCAACGAAUGGUCAGGAUGUGCAGUUGACCAUUGAUAAAACGAUUCAGUUUUUUACUUAUCAAACCAUUAAAAAUACCGUGGAAAAGUAUCAGGCGAAGGGGGGUAGUGCUGUGGUUGUUGAUGCAAAAACUGGCGAGGUUUUAGCCAUGGCAAACUGGCCAAGUUAUGAUCCAAAUGCGCUAUUUAGUCAUGGAGAAAGUGCUCGCAUCUCUGUGUCACAAUUACGAAACAGAGCGAUGGUUGAUGCUUUCGAGCCUGGGUCGGUGAUGAAGCCUAUUAGUAUAGCCUUGGCGUUAGACGCAGGAUUAGUCACCCCGCAAACGCAAAUUAAUACGGCGCCAGGUAAGAAAAAAAUUGGCAACUUUACCAUUUCUGAUGCUCAUCCCUUUGGUCAACUUAGCGUGGCACAGAUUGUGCAAAAAUCAAGUAAUGUUGGUACGGUAGCCGUGAUCGAAAAACUUCCCAAAAAGACAUUGUGGGAAGGGUUGCAACAAUUUGGUUUUGGUCAGAUUCCUCAAACGCAAUUUCCGGGAACGACAGCAGGGCGUUUGCGAAGUUACAAAAAAUGGGGGCAUAUUGAUAAACUUUCUAUUGGCUACGAUAUUGCUACCGCCAUCGAUGCCAAGCCCAUGACACCUGUUGGCGUGGCUGUUAUUUCGCCAGAAACAGCGGCGCAUGUGCGAAAAAUGCUUGAGUUGGUCACUGCGCCAACAGGCGGGACAGCACCGCAGGCUCAGGUGAUGGGAUAUCGUGUUGGUGGGAAAACAGGUACAGUACGCAAAUUUGUCCAUGGGCAGUAUUCACAAAAAGCUUAUCGAAGCGUGUUUGUGGGGAUGGCGCCAAUGAGUCAACCACGAAUUGUUGUUGCGGUGAUGAUUGAUGAGCCAAGCAAUGGUCAAUACUAUGCUGGUGAGGUUGCUGCACCUGCUUUUUCACAAAUUAGCGAACAAACACUUCGUAUUCUAAAUGUACCCGUUGAUUCGGCCAUUAAGAGUUUGGUGGUGGGAGAGUAUUUGAUGACCACGCCAAUCAAAAUUCAAGCAGCAGAUACGCCACAAGAAGUCAUUGCCUUGAUGUCGGUCUUGGGGCGAUCCAAACAAAAUGCGCGCUUAAGUUGUGAUAGCAGAAAAAUUCAAGCGGGUGAUGUUUUUGUUGCGUUGACAGUAAAAGGUGUUGAUGGGCGAGCUCAUAUGACACAGGCUUUGACACAAAAAGCCAGUGUCAUUUUAGCAGAAGCCCAAGGCUUUUCUGAUUGGCAAACACAGUUGGGGUGGACGACUACUUCAGGUGGCGAAACUCCCGUUGUCAUUGUUGUUGAUCAAUUGGCACAACAAUUGGGAGCCAUAGCUAAGCUGUGGUUUCAAAGUGAAGCAUUACCUAAAAUCAUCGGAAUAACAGGGACGAAUGGUAAAACAACUAGCUGUUUAUGGCUGUGCGAAGGUUUGAGACAGCUGGGACAAAAGACUGCGAGUAUUGGCACGCUAGGGAUUGGUGUGGAUGGUCAUUUUGUUUCAACGGGAUACACAACACCUGACGCAUUGUUAUUACAAAGCAUUUUUGCUGAUUUAGCGAAAGCACAAGUCGAGACGAUUGUGAUGGAAGUUUCUUCUCAUGCUUUAGAUCAAGGCCGGGUUAAUGCUGUGAGUUAUGAAACAGCACUUUUAACCAAUUUUAGCCAAGACCACUUAGACUAUCACACCGAUCUUGAUGACUAUUGGCGUUCUAAAGCACAAUUGUUUGCUUGGCCCAAUUUAAAAAAUGCUGUGUUGAAUCGGCAAGACGCCAGAAGGGUUUUCGCAAGCUGUUUAACCAUGGGUUAUACCGUCAAGGCUUGUUUGGAUGUGUUACAAGUGAUUGCGUCAGUGCCCGGUCGCAUGCAGGUUAUUAAUCAUCUUCACAAGAAUCAACCUCUUGUGGUGGUUGAUUUUGCCCACACCCCAGAUGCUGUCCGUAAGGUUUUGAUGGCGAUUCGUCCACAGACCAAGCUUCGAGGAGGACGGUUAUGGUGUAUUUUUGGUUGUGGUGGUAAUCGGGAUGCCAGUAAACGCCCACUCAUGGGGCAAGCAGCUGCAAGUUGCGCAGAUCAAUUGGUGAUCACCAGUGAUAACCCUCGUCAGGAAGAUCCCGAUCAUAUUAUUGCUGACAUUGUACAAGGGCUAGGGGCAACCCAAGCAACGGUUGUGAUUGAACCUGAUCGUGCAAAAGCGAUUGCCUAUGCUAUUGGCCAAGCUCAACCCAAUGAUGUUAUUGUUUUAGCAGGUAAAGGUCAUGAAACAACGCAAGAUAUUGCAGGCAGAAAGUUACCUUUUAACGAUGCAUUCAUCGCUCAACAAGUUUUAGAAGCUCACUAUCCUACCAACGGGGGGAAUCAUGUU